GAUGCCAUCAUAAUUUUAUUCUGCCUGUUGUUAAACAUUUUAGAUAUCCAGCAAGUAGAUGGCUUGAUUGAAAUAUGCCAGGAAAGUCCAGACAGACAUCUGUUGCAAGUUGUAAUCAGCAGUAACAACACAGUGGAGGAGAGAGUUAGGUUUCUAGGUGUAAAAACUAUAGCAGAUAUUCGUACUAGAAACCAGACCUCACGAAACAACAGGAAACUCACACAGGAGAAAUAUCCUGUGAAUACAAUGAAUGUAAUUACCAGAAGUCAGAUAUCAACAGGCCUCAGAGAACUCCCACAGGAGACAAAUCAUAUGAAUGUAAUACACGUGGAAAGUCUUUCAAGCAAAACUCAUACCUCAGUGUGUAUUGGAGAAGACACACAGAAGAGAAAUCUUAUGAAUGUAACCUAUGUGGAAAGUCUUUCAAAUGGAAAUGAUAGGUCAGUGUGCAUCAGAGAGCAUACAGGGGAGAAACUAUAUGAAUGUAGCACAUGUGGAAAGUCUUUCAUCAUGAAUGCAAACCUCAUUGCACACCAAAGAAUACACACAGGAGAGAAACUAUGUGAAUGUAACUUAUGUGGACAGUCUUUCAGACAGAUGUCACAUUUCUGUGUGCACCAGAGCACGCACACAGGAAAGAAAUCUUAUGAAUGUAAUAAAUGUGGAAAGUCUUUCUACUAUAAGUCCCACCUUAGUAUGCAUCAGAGAACACACACAGGAGAGAAACCAUAUGAAUGUAACACAUGUGGAAAGUCUUUCAGGCAGAAAUCAAGCCUCAGCAAGCAUAAGAGAAUUCACACAGGAGAGAAACCUUACGAAUGUAACAAUUGUGGAAAGUCUUUCUACUACAAGUCACACCUCAAGGUUCAUCAGAGAACACACACAGGAGAGAAACCAUAUGAAUGUAACACAUGUGGAAAGUCUUUUGUCAGCAAGUCAUUCCUCAAUGAUCAUCAGAGAACUCACACAAGAGACAAACCUUAUGAAUGUAACAAAUGUGGAAAGUCUUUCAGCAGGAAAUCACCUCUUCUCAGGCAUCAGAGAAUUCACACAGGAGAAAAACCUUAUGAAUGUAACAAAUGUGGGAAGUCUUUUGUUUUCAAGUCAAACCUCAAUGAGCAUCAGACAACACACACAGGGGAGAAACCAUAUGAAUGUAACACAUGUGGAAAGUCUUUCAGGCAGAAAUCAAGUCUCAGCAAGCAUAAGAGAAUUCACAAAGGAGAGAAACCUUAUGAAUGUAACAAAUGUGGAAAAUCUUUCCACUACAAGUCACACCUCAAUGUUCAUCAGAGAACACACACAGGAGAGAAACCAUAUGAAUGUAACACAUGUGGAAAGUCUUUUGCCACCAAGUCAUUCCUCAAUGAUCAUCAGAGAAUUCACACAGGAGAGAAACCGUAUGAAUGUAUCAAAUGUGGGAAGUCUUUUGUUUUUAAGUCAAGCCUCAGUGCGCAUCAGACAACACACACAGGAGAGAAACCAUAUGACUGUAACACAUGUGGAAAGUCUUUCAGGCAGAAAUCAAGUCUCAGCAAGCAUAAGAGAAUUCACACAGGAGAGAAACCGUAUGAAUGUAACAAUUGUGGAAAGUCUUUCCACUACAAGUCACACCUCAGUGUUCAUCAGAGAACACACACAGGAGAGAAACCAUAUGAAUGUAACACAUGUGGAAAGACUUUUGCCACCAAGGCAUCCCUCAAUGAUCAUCAGAGAAUUCACACAGGAGAGAAACCUUAUGAAUGUAACAAAUGUGGAAAGGCUUUCCACUACAAGUCAAGCCUCAAUAUUCAUUAUCAAAGAACACACAAGGGAGAAACCAUAUGAAUGUAGCACAUGUGGAGUCUUUCAGGGAUAUAUGUCAAGUUUCCACAGGCAUCAGAGAAUUCACACAGGAGACAAACCUUAUGAAUGUAACACGUGUGGAAAGCCUCUCACCAACAAGUUAGAUCUUAGAUAUCAGAGUUUACGUUGGAGAGAAAUCAGCACCAAAUCAGAAAGAUGGAAAUGAACUUUGAACUUAGGUCGGGGCCACCCUUUAUCCCCCCCCCCCCCACCUCCUUCAUAGAGCAUUGAAAAUUGGAGCAUACUUUGGCCAAAUACCUGAUGGAACUAAAGAUGCUGGACUAUGGAAUGGUGCGCUUUCCUCCUCAAAUUACAUCAGAAGCUCUUCGCUUUGUACUGGAAAUUCUUAAUGAUGGUGAAUGGAUACUACCUCUUCAGCAUGACCUAUCUUAUACUGAGGAAUCCCUUCCUCUUAUGCAGCACCUGGCUAACAACAUAGUUAUGGACGAUUAGGGCUUACAAAGUACAUGACUUUCAAGAAGAGUAUAAUUACAUGUAGGCAUGCCCAUAUCAGCAUUCCACCACAGCUGGAUUCUGCACUAGUUCACGAUUUACCCACAGCUGUGAGAAAGGUAUAACUUGUCAACUUGAGUUGAAGUACUGUGAUAAUAGCUGAAAAUAAAAUUGGCAUCAUGUGCCACUUAUACAUAAUAUACGAUAUUGACUGGGAUUUUAAUGAAGGUUGUGGCCAUUUUUACUUUUAAUAGCUUAACUCAUCUGAAUGUGGCUACUUCCUCCUCUAAGGUAACCUGUAAUUCAUAAGUGCAUUCUAAAGCCAGUUUUCAUUUUAUGUAUUUGUUUUUGUUUAUUGGUUCGGGAAAUAAAACAGGAUAUUCAGAAC